GGCGAGUCACAUUGACGAAAAUGAACCAUUGAAGUCUGAUCAGCGAAACCGAGUCCAGCCACAUUCACAGUGUGCAUUUACUGCCGAAACUUGUUGACUCUGGCAAGCUCGCCGCCGGCUACACUACCACAAAUAGCCAUCCCGGCCCUUCCUAGCGAGAUCACCCUUCGGCUAAGCAAGGCUGAGCCUCGUCAUACCGGUAUAUAUGGACACCUUGUCGCUUUCAAAACUACAUCACAUUCCUCUUUGUCAAGCUGGCGGUAGUACAUGGCGAACACCAAGGGUAUAGUAGUCUUCUCGGGAGGAAGCGCUGCAAACAGUCUCGUCGAUGUUUUCGAAGCAGUGCGCGAGAACAAAUCUUGUCCUCUGAGUUAUAUCAUCCCUAUCAGUGAUAAUGGAGGCUCUUCCUCAGAACUGAUCAGAGUCUUCGGCGGACCUGGUAUUGGCGAUGUGAGAAGUCGCCUGGUUCGCCUUAUCCCUACAGACCCGUCUUCGCCGGAGAGAUCAGCCAUAUCUCAUCUCUUCAAUCACCGCUUGUCAUCCACUUUCGCCAUUGACGCGUCAACUGAAUGGCAAUUGAUCGUUUCUGGAACGGCCGACCUAUGGCACGGAAUCCCGUCAGCGAAGACAGAAUUAAUACGAUCAUUCUUCAAUCUGCUGAAUCUGGAAAUCCUGAAGCGAUCGAGGCCCUCGUCGACAUUUGAUUUCACUUCGGCAAGCGUGGGCAACCUCUUUCUAACUGGCGCGAGAUUGUUCAGCGGCAGCUUCGAGUCUGCCAUCUACUUGUUAAGCAGCAUCUGCGCCAUACCAGACGAAGUGCGAGUCAUUCCGAGCAUUAAUUCAAACUUUUCGCACCACAUAGCAGCAGGUCUGGUCAAUGGAGAAGUCGUUGUGGGUCAGAACAACAUCUCACAUCCAGCAGCAGCCACAGCAUUGGCAAUGCCAGCUGUUUCUGCGGGACGGCCAAUCCCUCCCAGAAGUCGUCACAGUGUCGACCAUACCGAAGAAUUCGAAGAUGCGAACAUUCCAGGCACACUACCCACUCUCCGGCAGAAGAAUAUCAACUUCAGCAAGGAUGAAGACGAAGACCUUCCGGCACGGAUAGAACGAAUCUGGUACAUUAAUCCAUACGGACAGGAGAUGCUCCCACCAGCCAACCCUCGAGUGCUGUCAGCAGUCAGACAGGCUCAAGCAAUCGUCUACUCGAUCGGCUCGCUAUAUACCUCCGUUGUUCCCUCCAUUGUCCUCAAAGGAGUCGGUGAGGCACUGCGCGCAACCCCAGCCCGGCACAAAAUCCUCAUCCUCAAUGGCUCCAUCGAUCGAGAGACAGGCCCAAGCUCAAAUCCCUUCUCAGCAUUCGACUUUGUCGAAGCCAUUACGAGAGCGUGUGAGCAGUCUCGUGGCAAUUCCUGGAGACCUGUCCUCCAUACCUCUCGAUCAGACGACACGUUGAAGUCAUCAGUUGCUUCCUCGCCCACAACUCGCCACGGCGAGUUUCUUGUUCCUGGUUCCGCUCCUAAAGAGCCGCGGCCAGCAGAAGGGACCUCGAUAUAUCGUCGAUAUGUUACGCAUGUUGUGCAUUUGAGUGGCGACGGAACUCCAGAGGUCGAUAAGGAGCGUCUCGCGUCCGUGGGCAUCGAUUGCCUCAAAUUGUAUGGUCGCAAAAGCAGCAAAGGUGUUAUGCUGUACGACCCUCAAGCACUUAUUGGCGCACUUGAAGCCAUUCUCGGCAAGAAAGGUGAUGCCAUGCUCCUGAGCAGAAGCCGGAGAAACACGAUGGAAGCGUGAGCCCAUUCCUUAAGUAGGCGUCCUAAGUCCCUCGAGCUGCAAGUGUUCUCAGAAUCGAUGCGACCGGACCGAUAGUGAGCUACCUGCCGGCCGUCAAAGCUCUCCUCUUUUGCUACGCAGCCAUGCGAGGAACGGUAAUUUCCACUCGACUUGCCGGAGGGUACCAUUGAAGAUGUCAAAGUCCACUUUUUGCAAUCUGUUGAGCCAUAAUUGUGUGCUCACCGCCGGGCCCAUGACAAUGCCGAAGCCUUCAUCUAUCUCAGCUUUCCUUUUGUCGGCAGACAUCGAGGCUUCCGUGCCAUAUCUGCCGGGCUCAUGGCCUUCGUCGUUCAGGUGCUCAAAUUCGUGGCCAGGAUCUUGGUUCUGUCGAACAUUCUUGAGCAUCGUCCUGGCCGUAAUAAGAUGGUCCGAUGCACGGGUUGCAACGGCAAAUAUGGCGUCACGCAGGCCGGCAGCAUCUCCUCCAUUUCGGAAAAUGUCUUCCUCUCGAACACCAUACUGAGACAUGACGUCCAACGGCAGCGUGAUUGCGCCUUGCUUUUCCCGGGUUGUGGGCAUGCCCAGACCGACUGGGUUGUUUGAGUGUUGAUUCGGUGGAGAAGGAAAUGCAAGCAAAGGUACACCACGAAGCACAGCUGUUAUACCAGCGGCCUUGCCUACGUGAGAAGCCAGGUGGUCCAUCAUCAAAGAAUUCAGGGGCAAUGCAGAUAAGCUCAAAUAUAACAGUGUGGAAUAUGUUGACUCAGCAUAAGAUUCCAGCUCUGUGAGGUUGGUAAAUCCAGGAUGAGUCAGCUUGCGAUCCCUGGCUGUGAUGAUGCGCUGAAACCAUGUCUUGUUGAGCUUGUGACCUUGCUUAAGGUAGGAAGCUAGAAGAAUGGCGACGGGUUCCUGGGGAGGAGUGAGCUCGAAGCUUUUGUUGAUCGUGUCUCUCCAGAACUGCAUCCUCAUCGCACCAAUCUGCGGCAUUGACACCACGUCAGGUAUCCGAGCUAGUUCAAUGUUGAACGCCCUAAUGGCAAAAUAUGCCGGUAGCAUGUGCGGCCGAAUGAAGUGAGCUAAUGUAUAUGACGGAGAGUCAUAGUUUCUGGAGCCUCGUUAAUGAGGUUGCCCGUCAUGCUCUGGACAUCGAAUUGGAGCGCAACAGACUUACCUGACUAGAUUCUGGC